CGUAUGCACUAAGUGCUACCAGAGACGUGGCACGGGAACCAAACAACGUCGACAAGGGCGUGUCAUCCCCGCCACUUUGUUGCAGAAAGCGGUAGGGCUCUCCGAUCGAAAUGCAACGUCGCCGUGCUUCACAUCGGGUCGCUGCUGUUGUGUUGGGACGUCGCGUGCACUGCUCUGCCCCCACACUCGAACCGCACAACCAUCAUCUCGGACGUCGACUCAGACACGUCUUCCAACUCGAAACUCACUUUCCAAUUGGCAUCGGUCUGAGCACAUCCAGCUCAACCUUCAUCCAAGUACAAGACAACUCAACCGACUGACAAAAUGGCGCAGCAUGAGACCACGACCGCCGCCCUGGGCCUGGGUGAGCUUGGCAUUGAGAACGGCUGCAAGGUGUUCCACAACCUGACGUACGAGCAGCUCGCGGACCACGAGAAGAAGUACAACGAGGGCACGUUCGUGGCCAACGGCACGUUCGCCGUGGACACGGGCAAGUUCACGGGCCGCUCGCCCAAGGACAAGUUCAUCGUCAAGCAGGAGCCGUCCCAGGACAACGUGUGGUGGGGUUCGAUCAACCAGCCCACGACUCCCGAGGUGUUCGACGCGCUGUACGCCAAAGCCGCCAAGCACUUCAGCUCCGUGGACCGCAUGUACGUGUUCGACGGCCACUGCGGUGUGAACGAGAAGUCCCGCCUGAACGUGCGCAUCAUCACGGAGCUGGCGUGGCAGCACCACUUCGUGACCAACAUGUUCAUCCGCCCGGAGUUCGCUAGCGUGGCGGAGAACUUCCAGGCCGACUUCACGGUCAUCAACGCGUGCAACGUCGUGGACGAGGACUGGGAGGCCCACGGACUCCACUCGGAAGUGUUUGUGAUCUUCAACAUUGAGAAGCACAUGGCUAUCAUCGGUGGUACGUUCUACGGUGGUGAGAUGAAGAAGGGUAUCUUCAGUAUGAUGAACUACUACCUGCCGCUGAACGGCGUGAUGGCCAUGCACGCGUCGGCCAACAUCGGCAAGGAGGGCGACACGGCCAUCUUCUUCGGACUGUCGGGCACGGGCAAGACGACGCUGUCGGCCGACCCGAAGCGCGAGCUGAUCGGCGACGACGAGCACGGCUGGGACGACGAGGGCGUGUUCAACUUCGAGGGCGGCUGCUAUGCCAAGACCAUCGACCUGAGCAAGGAGAACGAGCCGGACAUCUUCAACGCCAUCCGCCCGAACGCCAUGCUGGAGAACGUGUGGAUCGACGCCAACAACGAGCCCGACUACUUCAACUCGAGCAAGACGGAGAAUGGCCGCGUGUCGUACCCGAUCUACCACAUCCCGCACCACCAGCCCAACUCUCGCGGCAACCACCCGAACGCCGUGAUCUUCCUCACGUGCGACGCUUACGGCGUGCUGCCGCCCGUGUCGAAGCUGUCUGCUGGUCAGGCGCAGUACCACUUCCUGUCGGGCUACACGGCCAAGGUGGCGGGCACGGAGCGCGGCAUCACGGAGCCGCAGGCGACGUUCUCGACGUGCUUCGGCGCUGCGUUCAUGACGCUGCACCCGACCAAGUACGCGGACCUGCUGAAGAAGAAGCUGCAGGAGCACAACACGAACGUGUACCUGAUCAACACGGGCUGGACGGGCGGCGUGUACGGCGUGGGCAAGCGCAUGAAGCUGCCGUACACGCGCAAGUGCGUGGACGCGGUGCUGGACGGCAGCAUCAACAACGCGACAUUCGUGAAGGACCCGCUGUUCGGCUUCGAGAUCCCCACGGCGGUGGAGGGCGUGCCUUCCGAGAUCCUGAACCCGAAGGACUCGUGGACGGACAAGGCUGCGUUCGACGAGACGGCACUCAAGCUGGCCAAGGCGUUCAAGGAAAACUUCAAGCAGUUCAUCCUGCCUGGCAACGACCUGUCGGUGUACGGCCCGAACGUCUAAGUAGCCGAGUGGUUCUCCUUGCUUCGUAGUAGCUAGCUAGCAUAUGCGUGUACUCUUCAUCAAACUCGACUAAAUAUAAAGGAAAAGCAAAUGUGAAAAACGAUCAAGAAGCAGGGUGCACAGCAAUUCGUCACUCAGUUCGAGGCAAGUUGAAGUGGGUGUACACUCAGACGGCGAUUGGUCGGCAUUUCCACGAAUGGGAAUGCACGCAUUUGGGGCAACUUAAGCGUCGAUUUGAAGAGCAAAUUGCUUUUGGGUCUGAGUCCAUUGAGCGUGUCGUAGCUGUUAUCAAGAUACCCA